GGCCGCGCUCACUCGCCCGGGCAGCGCUGCCGGCAGGCCCCGAGGUCAUUUGAAGUCCAAUCUGAGCGACCAUGAGCGCGCUUGACUUGACUUCCAUCCUGGAUUUCCUGGAGACGGCCAACUUGACGGAGAUCAACUGGACGUGCAACAACGGCGAGUGCAUCACGGUGGAUGCGACAACAUGCUCUGGCACGCUCAACAAGAGCGCCCUGCUCUACACCCUGUCCUUCUUCUACAUCUUCAUCUUCGUCAUAGGCCUGGUGGCCAACUCGGUGGUGGUGUGGGUCAACCUCCAGGCCAAAAUGACCGGCUAUGAAACCCACCUGUACAUCUUCAACCUGGCCAUCGCCGACCUGUGCGUCGUGAUCACCCUUCCUGUGUGGGUCGUCUCGCUCGUCCAGCACAACCAGUGGCACAUGGGGGAAAUCACGUGCAAGAUAACUCACCUGAUAUUUUCCAUCAACUUGUACAGCAGCAUCUUCUUCCUGGCGUGCAUGAGCGUGGACCGCUACCUCUCGGUUGCCUAUUUCACCAGCUCCAGCAGCCGCAAGAAGAAGAUCAUCCGCCGCUGCAUCUGCGUCCUGGUGUGGCUCCUGGCCUUCUCCGCGUCCCUCCCGGACACCUAUUACCUCAAGACGGUCUCUUCCAACAACGAGACCUACUGCAGGCCCGUUUACCCUGAAGAGAGCUUCAAGGAGUGGUUGAUUGGCAUGGAGCUCAUCUCCGUGGUGCUGGGCUUCCUCAUCCCCUUUCCCAUCAUCACCGUGUUUUAUUUCCUCCUGGCCAAGAGCAUCUCCGCCUCCAGCGACCAGGAGCGGAAGAGCAACGGGAAGAUCAUCUUCUCCUACGUCGUGGUGUUCCUGGUGUGCUGGCUGCCCUACCACGUGGCCGUGCUGCUGGACAUCUUCUACAGCCUUCACUUCAUCCCCUUCAGCUGCCAGAUGGAGAACUUCCUCUACGCCAUGCUCCACAUCACCCAGUGUUUCUCCCUCGUGCACUGCUGUGUCAACCCCAUCCUGUACAGCUUCAUCAACCGCAACUACAGAUACGAGCUCAUGAAAGCCUUUAUUUUCAAGUACUCUGCCAAAACCGGCCUCACUAAACUCAUCGACGCCUCCAGAGUGUCAGAAGCAGAAUACUCAGCCCUGGAGCAAAAUGCCAAAUGACUGCAGCCCCAGAAAGAAACUUCCUUGACUCUCUGACCUGAUGUGUUGUUUUUUUUUUGGUGUGUGUGUUAUGGUUUGUUGUUAAGUUUUUGUUUUUUUAACCCCUUCCUUUCAAUGUGCUUGUUAUGAACGGGGCGUGAAUUCCAGCCUACAAAACAGAGAGGACAAAGUGUAAUUUAAGAGUAGGAUCAGUUGCAAAGUGGAAGUGGUACCAAAAUGAAAACCUUUUCUCCUCCUAGCCCAGUGUGGACUCCUCAACAACGCUAUGCAAAUGGAAAUGACUUCCUAGCAGACAAAGCCAUUGUGUAGCAUAGAUAACAUGGAUAAGCUUCUCCUUCCACGUCUUGAUUCCCUCUUGUCUCCUUGUAUAUGUUUAUAUAUAUAGUGUGUUGUAUUUAAAAGCUCGAGACUUUAUUUUCUGCCUCUUGGUGUACCUUAUACAAGUGUAUUUGAAAGUUAAAUAUAUUUUUAUCAUGUAUUUGAAGUAUAUUGCCGAUGAGUGUAUCCAGAGUGCUGUAGUCUGAGUGUUAGGUGGCCGUUUGGCUCCAAGAGGAUGCUGAUAAAUAGGAUGGAAAUGAUCUCUUGGGAACAUCCUCCCUGGCUGGCACACUUUAUGGACCGUGGCUUUAUGUGGUGUCACACCCACAUGCUGGAGCAUGAAAUAUAUGUAGUGUAAUAUAGCUGCCAUCAUGUUAAAAUUAACAGUAUUGUCAGAGUCCUUAACUCCUACUCCCCUGCUUCACCAGGCUGUAUCCUCCUGCACAGAGCGAGUGAUCCUACUGCUGAGAGUUGUCUCUAUUUGUAAGUUAUUUUUGUAAAAUAAAGAUCUGAGAAAAAAACAAACA